GUUCUCCUUUGAAAAUCUCUCAAAACUAAAAUUUCAAAAUCAAAACAAAAUUUGAAAACAAAUUUAUAGUAAAUAAAAUUUUAAAAGCUUCUUAAUAAAAUUUUAAUAUCCCCUCCCAUCAUGCUGGCUUAUUGUUUUGGCAAAACUUCGGAUUCCACUGAAUCUUUAAAUGCAGACAUCGAAGGAGAUCCCAAAUAUCAAAACAAUAAACUUGGACGCAUACAAGAAGGUUUGGCAUUUUUUGUUAGUGGUAACAUACUACGUCAUGGAGAUCGUUUUAUUAUUGAUUUCGGUUUGGAUAAUGCCAAUAAAGAUAUUGCUCUACGUAUAGCAUGUCGAGUGUCAUCAAAUUCUCUGGGACGAAAUUCACGUAUAAAACAUAUUUGGGGAGUAGAGGAAACAAAUUCAGCCAUACCAUUUCGUUUGAAUAGUUGCAGUACUUUUGAAAUACAAGUAUUAUUUACUGUUGACCAUAUUCUGAUCGCUCUUAACGGUUUGCAUAUAGCCAAAUUUGCACAUCGUCUGCCCUUUCAUGAUAUACGCAAUAUAGAUAUACGUGGUGAUAUAACAGAUGUUCAUGUUGAACGUAAUAUUGUUACUGAUUAUCCCACGCGUCCCGACAAAACACCACAUAUUGUACGUUUGGGAGGUCGUUAUGCUAAUACUUCCAAUUUAGAGGAUCUUGAAUCAGAAGCAGAUUGCUGUGAACUGGCAACAACCGAUGCGGCAGAACGUUUCCUUCCUUUACCCUAUUAUGCCACCUUUGAUAAGGGUUUCUUUGAUUUGGGCUAUAGUAUUGGAGUGAGGGGUCAUGUACGUCUAAAUCCUCAUACCUUUAAGGUGGCUUUACAAGUGGGACAAAAUGUUUGGCCUCAACCAACUAUAGCCUUGCUCUUGGAGUUUCGUUUUACCCGACAACGUGAUGGUGAAACUGGUGAACCUGUUAUAGCUCGUAAUUCGUUUGCCAAUGGCAAAUGGACGGGUGAAAUAAAGUCAGAGUUGGCCACUGGUCUACGUCCCGGUGCAGAUUUUCAUUUAGUGGUGGUGCGUGGUAGAAAAUCAUUUGAAAUUUAUAUGAAUGAUAAACCGGUUACCGAUUAUCCCUAUAAAGUGAAUCCGAAAUAUGUUGACACUUGCUUUAUAGCGGGCGACAUAAAGCUAUUUAGUGUGGACAUUGAAAGUGAUUAAAAAAGGAUUGAAAUUUAUUGAAAAUGAUACUAUUUAUUAAAAAUUAUACCAUUUAUUUGCUCUUAA